AUGGCAAUCCUGUUUGCAGUGGUUGCCCGUAGCUGCACCAUCCUGGCGAAGCAUGCGUGGUGUGGCGGUAAUUUCCUGGAGGUGACAGAACAGAUCCUAGCUAAGAUACCAUCCGAGAACAACAAGCUCACCUACAGCCAUGGCAGCUAUCUCUUCCACUACAUCUGCCAUGACAGAAUCAUAUACCUAUGUAUCACUGAUGACGACUUUGAGCGGUCGCGUGCAUUCAGCUUCCUGGGAGAGGUGAAGAAGCGUUUCCAGACGACGUACGGUUCCAGAGCUCAGACAGCCCUUCCCUACGCUAUGAAAUCAGAGUUCCCCUCCACUCUGAUGGCUCAGAUGUAUGGUCGUGAGUGGUGUGGCGGUAAUUUCCUGGAGGUGACAGAACAGAUCCUAGCUAAGAUACCAUCCGAGAACAACAAGCUCACCUACAGCCAUGGCAGCUAUCUCUUCCACUACAUCUGCCAUGACAGAAUCAUAUACCUAUGUAUCACUGAUGACGACUUUGAGCGGUCGCGUGCGUUCAGCUUCCUGGGAGAGGUGAAGAAGCGUUUCCAGACGACGUACGGUUCCAGAGCUCAGACAGCCCUUCCCUACGCUAUGAAAUCAGAGUUCCCCUCCACUCUGAUGGCUCAGAUGAAGCACCAUUCCUCUCGUUCAUCAGAUCGUCUGACUGAGACUCAGAUGCAGGUUGACGAACUGAAAGGCAUCAUGAUUUGGUGGCUCAGAGGGGAGAGAAGUUGGAGUUGCUGAUUGAUAAAACGGAGAACCUGGUCGGCUCAUCUGUGAGUUUUAAGACCACCAGCCGUAACCUGGCCAGAGCUAUGUGUAUGAAGAACCUCAAACUUACUGUCGUCGUAGUGGUGGUGUCACUGGUGGUCCUGUAUGUAGUUGUGUCUGCAGCCUGCCGAGGACUCAGCUGGCCCAACUGCAUCAGGAAAUAAGAGAGGGGGAGGAAGACGAGGGAGCAAGAGAAAGAAGACAAGACAGCGGACCCACAGGGGGAAAAAAUCACUCUUCUCUCCUGUCUCUCCUCUUGUCUUCCAGUCAGCAGGGAGGAGAGGAUCCUCUUUUGGACAGAAUGGUGACACAACAAGGCAUCCAGAUAGUGGAGAUUUAACAACGUUGUGAUUGUCUUGCUUUCUGUUCCUAAACAAGAGAAUGUGUUUAUCUGUCCAAAGACUUGUGAUUGUUGGAUAUGCAGCCUGAAGAUAUUGUGCUAGUGGAAUUCAGGAAGUCGUCCAUACGGCUCUCCAGUCCAGACCAUGGUCCUCUCAUCGUGCUGUGGCGGGAUGGCCAACCCAACCCAGCUCCUGGAGAGAUACUGGCUGUGCAGGCUUUUGCGCCAACCUUACCCACCUCCAGCUCCAGAUUCUCCCCCCCAGUCAGUCCAGCAGAUUAAGCCACUGGACCAGCAUGCAUCUGUACCCAGACAGAGACAUUUAGCUGUCUGUAAUAAUUCUCUCUCUGUGUUCCUACUCUACGUAGGGCUUGGCAAUAUGGCCAAUAUAUCAUAUCAUGGUAUUGUUCACAUGUUUUACUGUAUUUAAUGUUUUUGAUUAAUAAAAGUUCUACAUUUGC